CUCAUUGGGACCUUACAUGUUAGACAAUUGGUCAUAUACUCCAAGUCAUUUGCAUUUAACUUCCGGGGGCCAUGGCUGCAACAAUCAUAUGCCUGAGGAAAUCUUGGAUUCAAAUGGAUGGGCUUCAUCAAAUGUUACAGACUUGAGCAGCCAUGCUUAUGGUUCAUCUAAUUUUAGUAAUGAACCUGUAUUAAGUCUUGCAACAUCUCAAACCACAGGCCAGUGCUCAGAGGUGAGUUGUUCUGAUGAAAUCACCCGUUGCUUCAGUAAAGCAAGGUCAGGAUUGGAACAUGCCUCUUGCAGCAACAGGGAAUCCAUGAGUCUGAACUCUGGUAGACACUUCCAUUUUUCGCAGGCAAUGCUAGGAUCAAGAUAUCUUACUGGAGUUCAAGAGAUACUUGCUCAACUUGCAAGCUUUUCACUUGAGAAUCUUGAACAGAUAAGAUAUUCACAAGCAAAUUCUAUGUUCAAAUUCCACAUGGAAGCUCCAUUGGAAAGACAUGCAGCUGAAUCAAAGAAAUCCCAGCUGCUGACACUCUUAGAACUGGUGGACAAGCGAUAUAAUCAGUGUUUGGAUGAGAUUCAUACUGUUGUGUCUGCAUUCCAUGCUGCUACAGAGUUGGACCCACGCGUUCAUGCGCAUUUUGCUCUUCAAACGAUCUCUUUCUUGUACAAGAACUUGCGAGAGAGGAUCAGCAAUUACAUUCUUGCCAUGGGGCGGGAUUUUGACAGUUUAUGCACACUGGACAAGGAAAGAUCUGUUGAUACUUCACUCAUCCAUAAGCAACUGGCUCUCCAACAGUUGAAACGAAAAGAUCAUCAGUUAUGGAGGCCCCAAAGGGGCUUGCCAGAAAACUCUGUCUCGGUCUUAAGAGCCUGGAUGUUUCAGAACUUUCUCCAUCCGUAUCCUAAAGAUUCAGAGAAACAUUUACUUGCUUUAAGAACUGGGUUGACGAGAAGCCAGGUAUCUAACUGGUUUAUAAAUGCUCGUGUUCGGCUAUGGAAACCCAUGAUUGAGGAAAUGUACGCUGAACUGGAUCAUAAAAGAAAGGCUAGUCGAAAUGAAGGAGGAACAGAGAACAGCCGUGGAAAAUCAACUUUGAGAUAGAUGAAGGGGAAGCAAGCCGCGUUAAAAUGGGAAGGAACAUUUGCUUUUGAGGAUCAAGUCAUAGACUGAAGACAAAUUACAUGAUGCGCUCUGG